CUGACAAUUACCCAGCAAUUUUGUUAUGACAUGUCUGGUCACGCGGAAAAGCCGACAAACCAAGUGAACUCUAAUCCUUUUCAAGAUGACGCGAAAAACACAGUUUUGCACUAUGCCGCAGCGAAAGGCGACCUGCGAUGUUUCUCUGGAGAUUUGAAAAAAAUUAAACUUGACGUAGAAAAUUUCUUAGGAUGGACUCCAUUGAUGAUGGCCUGCAAAAACGGCCAUGUGAAUGUUGUGAAGACUCUACUGAGCCUCGGCGCAGAUGCCACUAAGUGCAAUAAAUAUUCAAUGUCUGUAUUUUUAAUAAGCAUUGCUGGGUUUAGUAUUGAAAUCGUGAAAAUCGUACUGGGGCAUUUGUUAACCGGAGGUGUAUCGAAGAGGAUAUUAGAAAGGGAAUUAUCACCGUUAUCGAUGUCAAUUUUAUUCAACCGGCACGACAUUUUAGAAUACCUAAUCAGGCAAAAUUUCUCAAUCGAUGCCAAAACACUUAACACAGGUAUAACUCCCUUGAUGUUCGCAGCUGCGAUGUCUGACAACGUCGCUUAUGCCAUGCUGGAGAAAUGCAAGGCUAGCGUUAAUAUUAAAAACCGUUUAGGCGAAACGGCGGUUGCGAUCAAAAAGAACAGGGAACCGAAGAAGAAGUCCUCCAGCAGGAAGAGGAAGCACAAGCAAAUCACUCCGGCCGAGAUGAUCUCGCGCAGUCGACACAUGAUGCCCUAUUUUCCGGUUAUCAAUAUAAUGUCGCCCAAUUUCGUCGCCGCGAGUCCCGUUUUGACGGCCAAUUGCAGCCCCAACGUGAACCUGUUGCCUGGAUAUUCGAUGGACAUGUAUGGGAAUAUUUUCCCGCACGAUGCGCCCCAGUUUGUGACGCCGUUGAAAAACCAGCAUUUCUAUUAUCCUCCGGAUUAUUCGGUGAAUCAAUUCGACCAUAAUUAUUUGGUCCCAAUGCCGAAUUAUAACGUGAAUAUUUGAAUUUAUCUGCUGGUUUUACGCUUUACAUUUUACUGACUUGUUUUAUUAUUGCAACUUUCUUUAUUUGUGUUGCUAAUUGUUGUAAGAAAAUUCAACGAACUCCUGCG